UGUCUCACCGCCCACCACGGUAUAUAUAAGAGUUGUCAUGUUCUUCGGGUUCUCAUUCCCAUCUUCGCACAAACCACAUCCGCCCCCAGACCCCCAACACCACACCAGAAGCCAGAGUAAACUGGCUUCUUAAUACUAAUUGACUCAACCUACUAAACCUAUACAACUCAAACAUAAACACCACUCGGGAAAAUAUCACCCACAGUAAGGAUGGCGAAUCCUCACGCACCUCUGGAGGCGCUGCCACCGUUGGUAGCGAUAAAUUAAAGGCGCGUCAGCAGACCAUUUCUGACUCUUUCGAAGACGGACGAGGGCCUGGCCAAGCACAAGCUGAAGGUUCACCGGGCCUUCCUACAACAAUAUCCUCAUAUAACCCUGGGGCAGAGAAGGAACUACGAGUUCCUGAUCAACUACUAUGAGAAUGGCGGCUCCCCACCUCCUCGAGGGACUGUGAGAUGGGUCUGCCGCGGCCAGUUCAGUGACACAGGGUUCUCUGAGACCGCGGCGAUGAACAAGGAGGACCAGUGUAUUGACCAAGGACGAGAUGCCGUACAUCAGUAUGCGUCCUAGUGUGGCGUGUUCCCGGUGGAUAUUUUCGACCAAAUGCAUAAGAUGGUCGCUUCGAUUCGUGUCCCUCCCAGUUACGCAGGCGUUCAAAACCCUCCAGAAACAACAAUAGAAAUUUGUAACGACACUGGAUCGAACAUCCAGUCCGUACACCGAGGUGACUUGCAGGCCAUCGGCGCUGAUCCAGCAAACCCCCAAUUUACUAUCCCAACGAAUCGGGUGGACGUGAAGCUUGCGCAAGGCCAGAGUACUACAUCAAUGCUAUUGAGAAUCCAGAUGAGACUAUUGGCUGUACAAGGUGCGCAGCUAGCACCACUAACCGAAUGGUUCCAAGUAGAUGCCGUUCUUGACGAUACCGGAGGGUUACGAUUAUCAGGACACGAGAUGAGACACUAUCUCUAUUUUGCUACUGCGAAGGGAAAUUCAGAGUUAUAUGUAGGGCAAACGAAGACUGCCCUUCAAAAAAGAUUACCAGCUGUUUGAGGUGGGUAAUGAACAGGAGCAGCGUGGGCACGCUGUGAUGGAGGCACGAAAACGGCUACCCAACUGCCAACAACUGGCCCAGUGCCGAUCGAACUAGAUCAC